CCUGAUCAGCCACUUUUUCGCAAAAGGAUUUCAAGUCUCGAGCCAUAGUUGAUUUUCCGGUUGUCAACAUGGCUGACCGAUUCCCCUCGUUGGAGGAGUUCGACUCGGGUGCCCACACCGAUGUUCGGGACACAUCGGACGUACCGUCGGCGAGCAACUUCUUGGAGCGGGAGAAGGCGAUUCUUGGGGACGACGCCAACCAGUUUGCGACAGUCGAGGAUGCUGGCUUCGACGAUGGGACCGAUGAUCUGCUAGGAGGCGGCGGUGUCAGUUCCCCGGGCGGCAACGUUGCAUUUGAGAGCCAGUUUCCCGACAUUACCAGCCAAAAUGAGGCCGUCGCGCCCGGCGGAACCAUCACAGGACCCUCGAUCUCAUACAACUCCGGAUACCAAGCCUACACCGAGGAGGAGGAGGAGCCCGAGGUGAUCAAGGCGUGUCGCGAAAGGCGGGACGCCCAGCUUGCGAAGCGGGCAGAGCAAUUCGCCCAGCAGCGGGCAGAGACGAUCCGGGAAGCCCAGCAAAACAUCGACGACUUCUACGAGAACUACAACAACAAAAAGGAGAAGAUGAUUGCUCAGACCCGCAAGGAGGCCGAGGAGUUCCUCGCCAAGCGAGAGGACACCACAUCGGGCGGCACGAGUUGGGAGCGCAUCUCGAAGCUGGUCGACGUUAGCGGAAAGGGCGCGAAGGGCGGUGCGGCUGGCUCAGGCAAGGAGCGCUUCCGCGAGCUGCUGAUGAGCCUACGUAAGGACGAGAAGGCGCCUGGGGCUGAGGGGUAUUAGAGGUACCGGACAUGCAAUUAUGGGAUAGAGGAACAAGUCUGCAGCCUUUCGGAACCGGCACCAUCGAGGCCCGGCAUCGUCUAGGCCCUCAACGGUGGCAAUGAUAAUCAGUGAAACCGCACGUGAUGUACUUUUAGAAAGAGAACGUCGAUCUGCAGUGACAGGGACUUCGGAGUGGCAGUGGAGGCGUCGGAGAAAACGAGGGACCACGGUUUAUGCAUCUCUGACUUCCUUCAUUCGUCCAUAGAAAACAUUCGAGACAAACCCUGUGUUGUUCUUCCUCUUGUAAUCAGCCCCAGGGAACCCCGUUUCCCGCUCUAGUCCGUUCCGUGCAAUACACAUACAAGACCCGCCCUCUAUAACCCCUC